CUCCCUUAGUUGGAAAAAAAGGAUCCAUAAGGCAGGCUGCUUCCUCCUCUCACACACUGCUGAAAAAAUGCCUGCAGACUACAAUGGACGCUGGGAGAUGGUGAGCAAUGAGAACUUCGGUGAUGUCAUGAAGGCUCUCGACAUCGACUUUGCCACCAGAAAGAUCGCUGCCCACUUGCACCAGACGAAAGUGAUUGUGCAGAAUGGUGACAAGUUUGAAACCAAGACCCUGAGUACCUUCAGAAACUACGAGGUCAACUACACUGUGGGGGAGGAGUUUGACGAGUACACAAAGGGCCUGGACAACAGGAACGUAAAGUCCCUGGUUACCUGGGAUGGGGACAAGCUGGUCUGUGUCCAGAAGGGGGAGAAAGCAAAUCGCGGCUGGAAGCACUGGAUCGAGGGAGACCUGCUGCACCUGGAGAUAUCAGUCCUAGACAAAGUCUGCCACCAAGUGUUUAAGAAGAAGGUGUAAAUGGAGAAAGAAGAAUAUGUGUGAAAAGCCCGACUACUAUUUCUGUUAUGUUGUGUUUAAUUGUGAAAAACUAUAUUAAAACCUUUUAAUACAAA